AUGUUCGUGCCGCCCGAGCCCGCACCGCCGGGCGACGCCCCCGCCCCGCAGGCCGCGCAGCGCCUCAAGAAGAUCCUCAUCUACAACGGCCUCAGCUCGUGGGCCUCCAUCAAGCCCGGCCGCGACGCCUUCCUGCGCCAGAAGUGCCCCGUCGACACCUGCACCAUCACCGCCAACAAGGCCGAGGCCGCCGACGCCGACCUCAUCCUCUACAAGGACCACUUCGUCAACCCGGGCGUGCCCCGCCCGCCCAGACAGGUAUGGGUGUUGUACUUCUUGGAGUGCCCAUACCACACGCAACACGUGAAGUUCAACGACGUGUUCAACUGGACGGCCACCUACCGACGAGACAGCGAUAUAGUGGCACCGUACGAGCGAUGGGCUUAUUACGACGAGCAUAUCAAGCAAAACCCGCACAUGGACCGGAACUACGCAGCAAACAAAACAAAGAAGGUGGCGUGGUUUGUUUCCAACUGCGGCGCGCGAAAUCGUCGCCUGCAGUACGCCCAUGAGCUCCAGAAGUACAUCCAAGUGGACAUCUACGGCGCCUGCGGCACCAAGAGGUGUCCGCGCUCCUCCGCCAACAAAUGCCUGCAGAUGCUCGACCGCGACUACAAGUUCUACCUGGCAUUCGAGAACUCCAACUGCAAAGAUUAUAUUACGGAGAAGUUCUACGUCAACGGGUUGGGGCGCAACGUGCUGCCCAUCGUGAUGGGCGCGCGGCCCGAGGACUACGCCCGCAACGCGCCCUACCGCUCCUACAUCCACGUGGACGAGUUCGACUCGGCGCGCGAGCUGGCGGCCUACCUGCUGCGGCUCGACGCCGACGACGACCUCUAUAACACCUACUUCCGGUGGAAGGGCACGGGCGAGUUCAUCAACACCUACUUCUUCUGCCGGCUGUGCGCCAUGCUGCACGAUGACUUCCCGGUGAAGUCGUACCGCGACGUCAACGACUGGUGGCGGGGGCCCGGCACGUGCACCGGCGGCAGCUGGCGCAAGGCCAUGAGGAGCACGGCGCCCGGCGGGUAAGGCGCCGCGCCGCCGCCCUUUGUUACUCUGUUGACACGCACGAGGGGGCGCGCGAGGGAGGGGAAAGCAACGGACAAAUGGGCGCCGCCGCGCGCCGUGCCGCCCCAGGUACCUUCUCUCCUGAGUUGCAUUUUCGUCGUUUUCUGGGUGUUGACAUCCCUCGCACCCCCUCUCCCGAGCGCCAUCGUCUCCCUUUUGUCCUUGGACGUGUAUACGUUGUACUUGCAUGUAUGUUGCAAUAAAUGUCGUACAAGCUGCCUAACCUCGCGUGCUCUGAAACAGAACGCGUCAUGUCGCGUCGUCUCUGAGAAAAGUGAAACGAACGAAAGCCAGUCGUAGCUUCCCAUCGGACUGUCCUGUCCUGAAUUUUAAGUGCGGGUUUGGAAUCGGUUCGUUGCGCCCGAAGUGGUGUUUUCUUUCUUUUUUUUUAAGUCUGAAAUCGUUGAGCGCGAUGAUUGUUGAGAGUUCAUUCCGUUCAGUUGAGAUGGCGGCUAGUCCAGCAGCAGCAACAAGGCGACUCUUCAGUAUUAGGCGAUUUAUAUAGCAAUCUAAUAAUCGUUCGCUCGGGUCCUUCUUUAGCUUCCUUGUCUAUAUAAUAUUUUACCGAGAUGAAUCCCAGCAAUGUUACAUCUAUGUAUAAACAAUUCGCCUCUCUAAUAAAAUUGCUCUAGCCAUUUCAGUGUAGUGCUGACAUUUAGAGUCGUCUCGUAUUUAUAGAGGAUAAACAGUGACGAAGAUAAUGGCGCUAUGCUAGUCCUAUUGUUCAGAAGUGACUAUUAAUAUUGAUUGGUGCUGAAGACUUGCAGAAAUAAAGAGAGAAAGUGAGUUCUGUGAGUGGGCAUAUACUCAACCCACUGUUGUUAAAGACGUGUGAUGGAGCAAAGAAACCAAAAUGUUUCUAGUUGAUUGUGCACUUCUAUAACGAAUUUAGUUUGUAGAAGAGUUUAUAUAAGGAUGCAUUUCGUGAGUAAAUGAUUGUAAAUACUUAAAUUAAUGUGUGAAUGAAUGUAAAAGUAUAUGAAUAUGUGUGUUAUGUAUACAUUGUUUAAGAUAUUUCCAUAGUCAAGCAUGAUGUUGGUACAAUUACCUUGUUAUGAGUGGAAAAUUAAGUGUUUUGAUCUCACAAGAACAACCAUCAUUUUUCUUAUAUGCAGGGUGUACUAGAUAGUUUAUGCAAUUUGAAAAACGGGUGAUUGUUUGUGUUAUAAUAUGAACGAAGCUCCUCUAUGUUAUUCACAGUAUACACAGUAUACAGAGUUAACAACCAAUUCCAUAGUGUUCUAGGGUCUAGUUCAAGGAUUGCGUGUUUUCUUAGACAGUAUUAUGUAUGUUUUUUAACUGAUUGCAUGGCAGUGAGAAAUAAAAUGUGUUGAAAUUUGGGUUAUUUUAUGCUGAUUCAUCAAGUAAAGAUUCUUUGAAUCCUUCUGUUAUACAGCUGAGUUUGAGAAACUCAGUUGUAUAUUGUCUCACUACUGUGCAAAAAUUCUUAUUAGAAAAGAUGAAACAUGUUCAAUGGGUGGUUUGAAAUUACUUCCAGAGGCUACCUUUGCUGCCAGUAUCUAUUAUUGAUAUUGAAACAUUUAUAUGUGAAGGAGAAAGAAGCACUUCUUCUGUUGGCAUACAAAAAUUUACUUCCUACUCUUUUCGUUCUUGUGCUUCUGCAACGCAUUUACAUAAAAAGCUCUUGUGCGAGUAUUAUGUGCUCGCUUUUCUUUGAAAUUGCUGUUUACGUUUACUUAAAUUUUACUAAUUUGAGAGUGAUGUACAAUUAAAACCAGUUUCCUAGAUUUCUAUUCCAUUAUCAAACACAUAAAUGUUGAUAGAUGUAAAAAAACAUUUCACAGCUGAGAUGGGCAAUCGAUUGGAUGAUAUGAGAAUGAAAAUUAUUUGCCAAUAGUUUAUUGUUGCUGUUGUAUGUAUGAUAUUAUUAGCAAAAAGCAUUGUCAAGGGUUAAAAGUUGUAUGUAACAGUUUGUGCUUGGUAGUUACUGGAUGUAUUAGUGAAUUCUGCUCAUACGUUAUUAUUUCGCCAGUAUCGUUACAAAUGAUACUUGUGAGUACCAGAUCCAAUACAAAGAACAUUUUAGGUAAUAACAAUGCUAACUCUCUUUACACCCUGUUAUAAGGGAAAUGUAUCUCUUUCAGAAUAUAUAAUAUAAAUGUAGCUUUAUAGACAACAGUCAUAUCAACAAUUUGAAGACUCUUUCAAUGCCUUCAUCCACAAACCACAACUGCUAUAAAACAUAAGAAUGGCAUUUACAAUCAGUAUUACAAUACAUGCCAUCUCUCUAUUGAUUAUUAAUUUACUAUUCGAUUGACUUUGACAUUCCUCAAGUAAAUUGUAGAUAAGAAUGUCAUUUAAAUCACGUAAUGGAAUUUUGUUUCCAAAUUCAGAUGGAAAAAGAAUCAAUUUCACUCCAAAUAUUCUUAUGAACAUCUGCAUUUAAAUAUCACAUCUUGUACAUUAUAUAAUAUUAAAUUGUUCAUGUUUAUUAAUAAAAUAUUCUUUCCAGGCAUUAGAAGGAAAUAAAAUAAAAAUGCCUAUUUCCUUGGACUAACAGAAAUACAUUUUCACAAUGUAUUUCUCUCAAGAGAAACUCAAGAGCUGUUUCAUGUACCUCAUUGCGUCAUUGCUCACAAAUAAUAUUCAUGGCAUAUUUUAACAUAAAACCUAUAGGAAAUGAAUGUAGAGAACUUGCAUGUCAUACAUUUUGAUGGAAAAUGUAAACUGUUUUAGAAGUAUAUUACAUAGAUUAUUAAUACUUCUAUGUCUUUAAAAUUUUUGCACUAUGUAUUUUCUGUAAGACCAAGGAAAUAUAAUGAUUGCAUUGAUUUUAGAAAGUAUAUUGCAUUAAGUGAAAAUGAUGUGAGUGUGAAAAAUGUGUGCAAAAUAUUUUGCUCAGUUUCUUGCAUAACAAAAAAAUAUAAAAUUCCAAAGAUAGGGAGCACACUAUUUUCAAUCAGUAUUUUUUCUAGUGUGAAAUUUGUCUUGCGCCAAUAAGUAUUUUGAAGCCAAUGUCAGAAAAGUAUUUUUUUCUAUGAAUCAAAUAAUCUUUUUUGAAUUCAGCACAACUGGUAUUUCUUCUUCGUUUAUUUUACAAUUGAAGUAAAAUAAUGCACAAUAUUUGUUUGCUCAUUUAUUUAGGCAAGCACAAAGAAAGGAAGGUACACAAUGUUUAUUUCCCAGAUGAAAUAAUGUAAGCAAUAAUUCUUAUUUAGUAUUGUAAGUUGAGGUUUCUCUUCUUUGCGCUUUUUGCGUUGAAACAAACUAAUUUCAAAGUAUCAGUGACUUACCAAUUCUGAUACUCAACACAACUUAUGCAAUAUUAAGUAGAGACUAUGUGUGAAGUACAUAAUGCUCCAAUUUGUAGGGGAAAAUAAACAUAUUGUGAAUCUAAUUCAUUGUCAUUUCU